AAUGCUACUCAGCAACCCUGAUCAUUUUCACAGUCUUCUGCGAGUCAAAGAAAAGAUCUGUGGAUUUGGUGGAUUUGUAGAUAAACGUCAUCACGUUUUCAACUUCCUUUAACUUCCGUCACGUCUCGCGGGCUGCAGGACUUGAUCCGAAGAGCUCCGACAGUCCCAGAGGAGACCUGCUGGAUCUCAGAGACCAGGACCAAGAGCGGGAUGGAGGAGGACAACCAGGACCCGGAGCCCCGGAGCAACAACGUCCCCGGAGGACAAACAGCAGGCUCGAGCUCUGAUAGCACCGAUGUUCAGAAAAGGAGAAGAAGAGAUGGAAUCAAACAUCAUCUCUGUCAACACUGUGACAAAUCCUUCACAACAUCUGGAUAUUUGAAGAUUCAUCAGAGACUUCACACUGGAGAGAAACCGUACAGCUGUGACCAUUGUGGGAAAACUUUCACUGCAUCAGGUCACCUAAAACACCACCAACGUGUUCACACUGGAGAGAAACUGUACUGGUGUGAACAGUGUGGGAAAAGUUUCACUCAAUCAGGUGACCUAAAAAAACACAAACGUGUUCACACUGGAGAGAAACCGUACUGGUGUGAACACUGCGGAAAAACCUUCACUCUAUCCGGUGACCUGAAAAUCCACAAACGUGUUCACACUGGAGAGAAACCGUACAGCUGUGACCUGUGUGGGAAAGCUUUCACUGUAUCAGGUAACCUAAAAAUCCACCAACGUGUUCACACUGGAGAGAAACCGUACAGCUGUGACCAAUGUUGGAAAGCUUUUACUGUAUCAAGUGACCUGAAAUCGCACCAACGUGUUCACACUGGAGAGAAACCAUACUGGUGUGAACAGUGUGGAAAAACUUUCAGUCAAUCAGGUAACCUAAGAAAACAUGAACUUGCUCACACUGGAGAGAAACCGUAUAGUUGUGACCAGUGUGGGAAAGCUUUCACUAUAUCAAGUGACCUGAAAACGCACCAACGUGUUCACACUGGAGAGAAACCGUACUGGUGUGAACAUUGUGGGAAAACCUUUUCUCGAUCAGGUACCCUACAAAACCACCAACGUGUUCACACUGGAGAGAAACCGUACAGCUGUGACCAGUGUGGGAAAGCUUUCACUACAUCAAAUCACCUAAAAAUCCACCAACGUGUUCACACUGGAGAGAAACCGUACUGGUGUGAACAGUGUGGAAAAACUUUCGCUCAGUCAGGUACCCUAAAAAAGCACCAACGUAUUCAUCUGAGACUUCACACUGGAGAGAAACCGUACAGCUGUGACCAGUGUGGGAAAACUUUCACUGCAUCAGGUGCCCUAAAAAAACACCAACGUGUUCACACUGGAGAGAAACCGCACAGGUGUGAACAGUGUGGAAAAACUUUCACUGCAUCAGGCCACCUAAAGGAGCACCAACGUGUUCACACUGGAGAGAAACCGUACUGGUGUGAACUGUGUGGGAACGCUUUCACUACAUCAGGUGUCCUAAAACAACACCAACGUGUUCACACUGGAGAGAAACCGUACAGGUGUGAACAGUGUGGAAAAACUUUUGCUGCACUAGAUAACCUAAAAACCCACCACCGUGUUCACACUGGAGAGAAACCGUACUGGUGUGAACAGUGUGGAAAAACUUUUGCUGCAUCAGGUCAACUAAAAACCCACCAACGUGUUCAUAAUGAAAAGAGACCAUACUGGUGUGAACAGUGUGGAAAAACUUUCACUCAAUCAGGUCACUUAAAAAUCCACCAACGUGUUCACACUGGAGAGAAACCGUAUUGGUGUGAGCAUUGUGGAAAAACUUUCUUUAAAUCAGGUGCCCUAAAAAUCCACCAACGUGUUCACACUGGAGAGAAACCGUACUGGUGUGAACAGUGUGGAAAAACUUUCUCUAAAUCAGGUGACCUAAAAAUCCACAGACGUGUUCACACUGGAGAGAAACCGUACAGCUGUGGCCAAUGUGGCAAAUCCUUCACAACAUCUGGAUAUUUGAAGAUUCAUCAGAGACUUCACACUGGAGAGAAACCGCACAGCUGUGACCAGUGUGGGAAAACUUUCACUGCAUCAGGUAACCUAAAAAUCCACCAACGUGUUCACACUGGAGAGAAACCGUACAGCUGUGACCAGUGUGGGAAAACUUUCACUGCAUCAAGUGACCUGAAAAAACACAAACGUGUUCACACUGGAGAAAAACCUCACCGGUGUGAACAGUGCGAAAAAACUUUCACUCAAUCAGGUGCCCUAAAAAUCCACCAACGUGUUCACACUGGAGAGAAACCGUACUGGUGUGAAAAGUGUGGGAAAACUUUCACUCAAUCAGGUGCCCUAAAAAUCCACCAACGUGUUCACACGGGAGAGAAACCGUACAGCUGUGAAAAGUGUGGGAAAGCUUUCACUUUAUCAGGUGCCCUAAAAAUCCACCAACGUGUUCACACUGGAGAGAAACCAUACUGGUGUGAACAGUGUGGAAAAACCUUUUCUCAAUCUGGAUAUUUGAAGAUUCAUCAGAGACUUCACACUGGAGAGAAACCGCACAGCUGUGACCAGUGUGGGAAAACUUUCACUGCAUCAGGUAACCUAAAAAUCCACCAACGUGUUCACACUGGAGAGAAACCGUACAGCUGUGACCAGUGUGGGAAAACUUUCACUGCAUCAAGUGACCUGAAAAAACACAAACGUGUUCACACUGGAGAAAAACCUCACCGGUGUGAACAGUGCGAAAAAACUUUCACUCAAUCAGGUGCCCUAAAAAUCCACCAACGUGUUCACACUGGAGAGAAACCGUACUGGUGUGAAAAGUGUGGGAAAACUUUCACUCAAUCAGGUGCCCUAAAAAUCCACCAACGUGUUCACACGGGAGAGAAACCGUACAGCUGUGAAAAGUGUGGGAAAGCUUUCACUUUAUCAGGUGCCCUAAAAAUCCACCAACGUGUUCACACUGGAGAGAAACCAUACUGGUGUGAACAGUGUGGAAAAACCUUUUCUCAAUCUGGAUAUUUAAAGACUCAUCAGAGUGUUCACACUGGAGAGAAACCGUACAGCUGUGAACAAUGUGGAAAAACUUUUGCUCUCUUAGGAGACCUAAAAAAGCACCAACUUGUUCACACUGGAGAGAAACCGUACUGGUGUGAACAGUGUGGAAACACUUUCACUCAAUCAGGUGCUCUAAGAAGACACCAACGUGUUCACACUGGAGAGAAACCUCACUGGUGUGAACAGUGUGGACUAACUUUCGCUCGAUUAGGAACCCUAAGAAGACACAAACGUGUUCACACUGGAGAGAAACCGUACUGGUGUGAACAGUGUGGAAAAACAUUUGCUCUCUUAGGAGACCUAAAAAUCCACCAACGUGUUCACACUGGAGAGAAACCGUACUGGUGUGAACAGUGUGGAAAAACUUUCACUCAAUCAGGUGCUCUAAGAAGACACCACCGUGUUCACACUGGAGAGAAACCUCACUGGUGUGAACAAUGUGGAAAAACUUUUGCUCUCUUAGGAGACCUAAAAAAGCACCAACGUGUUCACACUGGAGAGAAACCGUACUGGUGUGAACAGUGUGGAAACACUUUCACUCAAUCAGGUGCUCUAAGAAGACACCAACGUGUUCACACUGGAGAGAAACCUCACUGGUGUGAACAAUGUGGAAAAACUUUUGCUCUCUUAGGAGACCUAAAAAAGCACCAACGUGUUCACACUGGAGAGAAACCGUACAGCUCUGAUCAAUGUGGCAAAUCUUAUACCAACAGGAGAAACCUUCGAAGACACAAAUGCAUCCAGAAAGCAUCAGUGUGACAUUUUUCACAGAGCCGAGCUAGCGGUUUCCUGCUGCCCUGAAUACAACCACCUGUUAUCAUGUGACUGUGCUGGACUAACGUCAUGUGAUGACAGCUGCAGAAGUUUGAUUUAGAAAGAGUCAUGCAGCAUUCACAUCAAAUGCAAGUUUAAUCCAUGCAACGCUUUCAUCGCAGGGGUUUUAUUGCUGGACAGCUGCCAAGUGUUCACACACAACGUGAUAACGCAAAUAAUCACAACUCGCCGUUACUACAGCUGUAUGAACCCAAAGUAAACAUUUUGCUGUGAUUAUAUAGCAAUAAACAGAUCAAACUGACGCUGAAAUAAUUACAAUAUGAUGCAGAUUUGUUUAAACAUUUGAAUUCAUGCUUUAUCAGGCUUGUCAUUAAGACAGCAGGACAACUGCUUCUAAAAUGUUUGUUUUCUGAAUGGAGUUUGGAUCGAUCAGCUCAUACAGUUUUAUCUGUUUUUUUAAAAUAAAUAUGAAGUAGUAGUCCAGCAGAGGUAACAACGCUAACAACAACAACACUAGAACCGAAGCUGCUGAGAAGCUUGAGUGAAGAUAAAUCAACGUUGUAAUCCCAAACACUAAAGUAAAAAGCCAAUUUAAUACAUAAUUAAUAAAUGCAGUUUAUGUAUUGUAGUGUUCAGAGCAUAAUCCAAACACACUACGGGUGUUUAUUAGUCCAAAGCUGCAGCGCUGCUCCCUGCUUCUCUCCCCUAAGCCUCGCCAAGUGACUCGGUGUCAUGUGACUUUCUCACUUGAGUAGAAAAUAUUCAACGUAUUGUCCCCAACGCUCACUUCGCUUUUGGUCUGAAAGCACCAUCUAUUUUAUCAGACAAUAGCACAAUUGAAUUGCAGUAGCCAGGUGUCCACCAGUAGAGGGCACUGCAUUUUUAUAGCACUACAUGUAGAAUUAAAAUAGUUUGAAGUAAAGUGUCACGAUUUAGACCUGAAUAUAUCCACAACACCACUAAAUACCUAUUCACAUGGGUUAUCAGCAAAAAUAAGAGGUUUGGAGGUUCACGCACUCUUUAAGAAGGCCACGGGAUGUGGCAAAGUCCAUCUAGGUAAGUCACGGCACUCGGCAGCCAUCUUUGCAACGCCUCCAGGCAGCUAUUUCAGACUAACAAGAUCAGGCCAGUCAGUCAGAACUGAAGAAGUCCUUUGGAUGAGGGACGAAACGUCUUCCAGUAUCUUCAACCAAGUCCAGUUGCCCUUGAUUUUAACCUUCGUUGGAUAAGAUCAGGCUCCUAUCUGACUGAGUGGGGAGAGAGCCAGAACUGCACUUUCUCUGCUCACUGGGACAUAAAAACUACAUGAAUAGAAUCACCUGUAAAAUCUAAUAAAAAUCACUAAAAAGAUUUGAUGACAAUGGCCAAAUAUAAGGUUUAAAAAGCUUUUUUCCUGUCACUACUACCCUUACAUCAGUGGAACCACACGAUGCCACCACAACUGAAAUAUGUUUCCCGCUCUGGCUGUGAAACGCUUUCUGGCGGGAUAACUGCCAUCUUUGCCGUUACGGUCUUUCCCCACAGAGUACACACUCAUUCAUUACAAAUGUGUUCCCCAAGGUCAAGAAUGAACCUCCACCCUUGCUGAAAUAUUAUUUCUGCGUGCUUCAUAUAUUUUUGCUAUUGAGCUGUAGUUAAACAUAUUUACAUUAAAUCUGUAUUUUAGAUAUAUAUUGACUUAAUUUCUAUUACUGAAAGUGGUUUGUUCAGACUUAAACAAAUAUUUACCAUUAUAAAGACAAGCUUAAAACAAAGAAUCAAUCUCUACAAUAAGAACAAGGAUAAUGGAAAUGGUUGCACGCUGCUGCUGUGCUGUUGGCUUCUGCUGGUGUCAUUCGGACAAUGCUUUAAAAACAAAUAUUCCUACGAAACAUCAAACAAUAACAAUCAAAAUGUUCGGAAAAGAGGCAAAUGGUGUACUCAGACAUGAACUGUCUGAGUCUGAACAACCGUAGUUUCACAAGCGACCCAAGCUGCCAGAGCAGAUGAUACUAAUGGAAACACAAUUUGAAAAAGGUAUCCAGUCAGCACGAAAACAUGAACUUUGAUUUUUCCAGUCUGUAAAUCAUGCAAAGGUGAUAUGGGAAUCUGUGUCUAAACCUAAGGGUGUCCUAGGUGGACAUAUAUGUGGACAUUUGAACAUUCGGAGUAUAAUAUCAAAAGGAGAUCAAAUUCAAAAUCUACUGACAGAUUCUAACCUAGACUGGCUAAAAAUGAUGAUGUCAAAUCAUAAUUUCCAGCAGACUAUUCAUUUGAUAUUGACAAAUAGACCUCAAUGAAUUACAAGGAUGUACAACUUAAUAACGGGCUUCUCUGACCAUAAUAUGGCCCUGAUUGUCAGAAAACUAACAAAACAGUGUUUAUGAAUGUACAUAAACUAGGGAAUGUAGACAUUCCCAAAAACCAAAAGCCACGCUUUGAUAACGAAUUAAAUAAUAUUGAUUGGAACAACGUUUUACAAACUAUGGACUUAGAUCAUAGUUGUAAUAUUAUGAUGAAAACACUCUCAGGACUGAUUAAGAAAUAUACACAAAUGUUAAGUGCAAAUGAAAAAGAAUCUCUUCACCCUGGCUGACUAAUGAUAUUCGCCAGUUAAUGGGGGGGAAAAGUGUCCACAAAAUUAAUUACGGUUCUCUUUAUUUCUAAGGGAUUAAGAAAUUGAGUUGUCAGGGAACUGCACAUUGCAAAAACUACAAACUUUACACAACUGAUAGCGGAAUCUGAAGAAAAAAGCACUACUCCCUGGAAACAUCUUAACAGUCUUACUUAACUAAUAAAUUAAAUAAUUCAAAGGCAAAGGAUUGGUUUGGGUUGGAUAUUGCUGUAAUUAAAACACACAGCUCCACUCUGUUCAAACCCAUCUGAUAAACAUCUCCAUCAGAGUUGGUAAAUUUCCACAAACCUGGAAAACACCAGUCAUAAUGCCAAUUAACAACCAAGUAAGCAAUUAUAGGCCAAUCUCUAUCCUACCAGUUCUCUCAAAGAUCCUGGAAAGAAUUAUCACAGAACAAUUGGUUGGCCACCUUCAAAAUAAUUUACUUUUUAUUUAGACCAAGGUAUUCAACUGAAAUGGCCAACUGCUACCUCACCAAAAACGUUAAGGCCUCAUUAGACAAGGGAAAUGUAGUUGGAGCAGUGUUUCUGAGCAAGCAAUUGGCUGGUUUGCAUCCUAUCUCGAAUCAAAAGGGCAGUUUGUUAAAAUCAAUGCAGAAUAUUCAACACCCCGUCAGUCUAUGGGAAUUCCACAAGGUUCGAUUUUGUAAAAGAGCUGGAUGUCAGAUGUAUGCUGAUGACACACUUAUCUAUGUAUCGGCUAAAACCCCUUGGGCAGCAGAAGAGACAUUAACAAGUGAAAUGAAUGGUGUGUCUCUAGACUGUGUCAAUGUUUUUUCCCAUGAGAAGAAAUUCAAAACAUAAGCUUUUAAUUUAAAUAAAUCAAGAGGAAAUGGAGAAAUUCAAGGAUUUCUAAAUUCUUAGGUGUCAGUUUGGACCCCAAACUUAAAUUCGAUGAACAUGUUAAACUACACAAAACUGUAAAGACUCAUUUGAACAGCUUUAGAAUGAUUAGACAUUACAUAAUCCCAACUGUUUAUGCAGUGUUUCCUAUACGUUCAUUAAAUCAAUCAAUCAUUAUUUGUCCCCGUAGGGAAAUUAGUUUGCAGCACAAUUAAGUAGGCAUUACAUCAUACUGCACAGAGAUAAUCAUCAGACAUACUGAUAACCACACAAAUACACAUAAUUCCCAUACCCGCACGAUUAAUUUAGGCAGGCCACACCAGCUGAGCAUCCUGCCUAUUUGGCUAUAUAUGUGCCUUACCAGCGUAAUUGCUUGAGGCACAAAUCAAGAUUUUGAUCUAUCUUUGGUAAAUAGAGGGGGCCAACAUCGUCGCCCAGAUUGCAACCUUUCAAAUGAAGGGGCAAGGGUUUGCCUCUCGUCUCCAUCAAUGUUUCUUGCCUUGUACAUCAUUCUUUCUCUAUAGAUACAUUCCAUACUUCGUAACUAAGGGGGCUUUCACACCUGAAGGUCAGCACCAAGGUCCGAACCAAAGUUCAUGUUUUGAUACAUAUGGAUGGUUUAGGUUUGGUUUCACACUGCAAUUGUGAGUGCACUUAAGAACUUUACAUGACAGACCUGCGUCCUGUCAUAAUCUAUGUGGGCCGGGUCUCCCUAUACUUGACAUUGUGCAAGGUUUCUGCCUCUUAAAAGGAAGUUUUUCCUUGCCUCUUAUGCCUAGUACUGCUCUUGGUGGGAACUGUUGGGUUUCUGUAAAUAUCAUCCCUGAGUACGGUCUAUACCUGCUCUUUUAUGAAAAGCGCUCUGAGAUAACUGUUGUGAUUUGGCGCUAUAUAAAUAAAAUUGAGUUGAUUGGUUUAUUGAUUGAACAGUUCAGUGGGUUGCUUUGACAAGAAUGAAUGAAUUAAAAAAAUUAACAUAUCCAUACCGUUGCCACUAUAUUGUUCUUAUGGCAUUACUACCUGCAGCACUAACUGUAAAUAGUCUGAAAGUUCGAACCAUCUAAGAAAUGCUUUCACACUAGAAACGAACCAAACCAUGGUUCAGUUUGACCCGGACCAAGACUACCUCUUUUCGUCAGACCAAUUUUGGUCUGUUUGGUCCAGACCGUGGUCCGGGGGAGGUUUCAUACCUUUAAUUUUGGUUCAGAUCAAACUGGAAAGUCCGGAACACACGAGAUAGGUGUGAAAGGCCCAUCAAUCCCCAAUAGUUUACUGAUUGUUGUUGACUAUUUCUGUGCCUCAGUAGCACCAGCAAAUGUUGCAAAGGCCAAAACUCUUCAUUGAAAAACUUUAUUGUAAGUGGACAUGUACAUAUAUGGAUAGAGAAAUAGACACACAGAUUAUAUGUAUACAUAUUUAUAAUGUGUUUAUAUUUUACCUUUACAUUUACUCAUUUGGCAGAUGCUUUUAUCCAAAGCGACUUACAUUUGAGGAACAACAUACAAUCAUUAAGAGAUGAGUUUUCAAGAGCUAGACAGGACACAUCUACAGCAAGCACAGAGGAAGGCUGCUGGAGAGAAAGAAAUCCGUAAGAAACAGAUGUGGUGAUUGUUUAAGUCUUUACAGAGGCUGUAAGUUGCUGUUAUGAAGCAUGUGUUGUUUUCUUGUUGUCCUCUUCAAAUAAUAUGUUGGUCUUAGGGAGGCAGACACAGAUUCUUCCUCUUCUGCCUCCUUCCUGAAAAAUCUGUCAAACGAGUCACCUGAUUGAAUCCACCUGAUCAUGACAAUGACAACAUUGAUGAUGUUGACCAAACUGCUUAAAUUAAAUAUGUUUUGAUCUCUUAGCUUGCUCACUACUCAAGAAUCUCUCUGUUCUACCAAGACAGCUGAAGCUCAUUUAUUUUGUCUACUAAUGAUGUUUCUGCUUAAACAGUAAGAUGAGAGCAUUCAUUGAUGAACUGACAGUUUGGUAUAAACUUAAUGUGACCAUGGGACGGCCAAAGGGGGAACUGUAAUAGAAACAAAUAGAUUUUACUUGAAUUUACUUUUAUUAAUCUUAUAUGUCAUUCCCUUAUGCUCUUUGCUCAUCUUAGUGGAAAUUAUAACACCACAUAAGUGUACCAGUGUUUUGAUAUAAUGACCUUCUGUGAGAUUGUUUUGUUUCAUGCUUUCCUGUGAGAAGGGGAGUUUCCACUGUGGUUCAAGGCUGAGAAAGGCUUUUCUGUUGGACUCCACAAUAAUUCUCUAGCAUUAAAUGUCUUCUCUGUUUCUCUGGGUCAGACUCUCUAACAGCCCUCUGGUGUAUGAGCUCUGCCCUUCAGCUGAAUCACUCUGUUAUUCUUACUUUAAUAAAUAUCACAAAGACAA